CACAGUUCCACAGCCAUUUAAAUCCAACAAUUCUCUUUCAACAUCAUUCUCACACUCUCUUAUUCAUUCUUGAUUUACUCAGCCAUCUCAACUUGAUCAUGUCUGCUCCUAACACUCACUCUCGUAAUUCAUGGAAGGUCUCUGCCUCCAUCGUUGCCAAGCGCACAUCUAACCCCAUCCGUGCCAUUGUCGAUCACAUCAAGGUCAAGCCAAAUGUUGCAAAGUCCAUGAUCUCUCUUGCUUUGGGUGAUCCCACUCUCUUUGGUAACUUCAAAAUCCAUGAGUCCUGCACAGAAGCUGUCUCGAAGCAACUUCACUCCUACAAGAGCAAUGGAUAUCCUCCCUCAACUGGUUACCCACAUGCCCGCCAGGCUGUUGCUGACAAGUUUACUCGUCCCGACGCUCCUUUGACUGCUCAGGAUGUCAUCCUCGCCAGCGGAUGCUCUGGUGCAAUCGACAUGUGCAUUGGUGUUCUUUGCAACGAAGGUGACAAUAUUCUCUUGCCUCGUCCUGGUUUUUCACUUUACCAGACUCUUGCUGACUCGAAGGGUAUCGAAGUGCGCUAUUACGAUCUGUUGCCUGAAAGCAACUGGGAAAUGGAUCUCAAGCAUCUCGAGUCAUUGAUUGAUGAGCGUACAGCCACUGUUGUCAUGAACAAUCCUUCCAACCCCUGUGGUUCUGUCUUCAAAAAGCAGCAUUUGCUUGAUUUCCUGGCUGUCUGUGAACGCAAUCAUCUGCCUGUUAUUGCUGAUGAGAUUUAUUGCGAUCUUGUCUUCAGUGGUAACGAAUUCUUCCCUCUUGCUUCUCUUACCACGACAGUCCCCGUGCUCGCCGUCGGUGGCCUUGCAAAGAAGUAUUUGGUUCCCGGGUGGAGAUUGGGCUGGCUUUUUAUUCAUGACCGCAAUGAUAUCUUUGGGGCUGAAAUCCGGGAUGGCCUUAACAGCUUAUCUCAGUUGAUUCUCGGACCCAAUUCAUUGGUCCAGAGUGCACUUCAGGAUAUUCUCCAUAACACCGAUCCUGCUUUCUACAACGACACUCGUGUACAACUCGAGGCGAAUGCAAAGAUGAGCACAGACAUCUUGUCCAAGGUGCCUGGCCUCAAGGUCAUUAUUCCUCAGGGUGCAAUGUAUGUGAUGAUCGGCAUCAAUGUUGCAGAAUUCAAGGAUAUUGAGAACGACAUUGUCUUUACAGAGAAACUUUUGGGAGAGGAAUCCGUCAUGUGUUUGCCUGGCUCUGUCUUCCAAUGCCCCAAUUUCAUCCGCAUUGUUUUCACUUCUCCCUCAGAGGUGCUCCAAGAGGCAUACAACCGCAUGGCCGAGUUCUGUGCUCGCCAUCAUAUUUAAAUAUUUAAAGAACAGGGAAAAGAGGAGAGCCUGCGCCAUAGGAAAUACAUGUAAUUAUAUAUAAUACGAUUACCUCUAGCAUAUCAAUAAAAGAAAAAGAAAAAGGCGUUUUCAAAGGAC